AUGAGAUUAAUAAAAGGAAGUAAAGUGGAGAUCCUUGUCAAUACCUCCAGACUUGAAGUAGAAUGGCAUGGUGCCCGUAUUACUUCUGGUAACGGGCACACUUACAAUGUUAAGUAUGACCAUUCUAGUGCAAACGAUAAGGCUCUUUCGAGGAGGGUUCCAAGGAAGGCCAUCAGACCAUGCCCCCCUGCUAUGAAAAAUAUUGAGAGUUGGAAAGUUAAUGAUGCUGUGGAGGUUUGGCAUGACGGAUGCUGGAAGAAAGCUACUGUGUUGAAGUACGUGACUGGAGAAUUGUACUUGGUAGCGUUGCACGGAUCUUGCACGGAGCUGAAGGUCCAAGAAAUUCACAUGAGGAUGUGCCAAUCAUGGGAAAAUGGUCAAUGGAUCAUUAGUCCAAAGGUACCAGCCAACUCUAGAGUGAUGAAGUUUAGCCGAAAUUUGAUUUCAAACAACUAUAAGGUGAUGCCUGAUGUUCAGCAAGCUAACAAUGUUUGUUCACUAGGAUUGGAUGACAGCUGUCUCCAUCUACCCUCACCUUCAACUUUGAAAAGAGCGUGCUCUCAUGGCUCAUCUCGUAUUGAGGAUUAUCCCAGGAAAAAGAGGGCUGGUGUGAUUAUGGGUGAGUCUAAAAGGUUCAAAGCAGUAUCCACCGCUCCAUUGAUGGAAAAGGUAGAUGCUAUUGCUUACCCACAAAAUAAUAUGGGUGAAAAAUACAUGCAUUAUUCCUUCACUAAUAGUACCAAUCAAUUAUAUGGAAUAGGGAAGCAGAAUCCUUGUAAUGUUAAAACCACUGUAGAACAGGAUUAUACUUGUAGUAAUGUGAGUUCAGUUGGCAGCUGUAGUGUAAUAAGUGGUAGUGCGAAUGAAUUUUUUGGUGAUAGGUUAGCAGGUCCUUUCCAAGAUGAUGCAGAUUCCCUUCGCAGUAAUCCAGAAUUUCCAGAUGUUGAAGAUGUUGACGGAUUUUAUGGUGAUAUGUUGGUAAAUCCUUGCCAAAGUGAUGACAAUACCAUUUGCCGUGACGCAGAUUCUCUAGAUGUUGAAGAUGCGGAUGUAGGAUGCACCUUUAUCCCAAAAGAGGUCGUAGCCGAAAAAAUCCAUAGGGCCAGUGUAGGAGGCUUGCAUGCCUUGCUUCCAAUGGCUAAAUGUGAUGCUAGGUGUGCUUAG